UACUAAUUUUCUACUAGUUGUUUUUAUUUAGAGUUUCUUCAGAGCAGGAGAGCCAGGCCUCCCUCUUUCCUCUGGCAGUCCCGGAGCCAGCAGAAGCUUGGCCAAGGUUUCAAUUACAAGUGGAAGGCAGGGCUGUGAAUUAGAGGAUGGCUACUCAGCAGCUUUUACAGACUAGGCAAAAGAAAAAGCCCACUAAGGAAUUAGUGUUGUUCCCCAGUGACAUUGCCACGGAGCUCCAGUCUGUGGUGCUGGUGAAAAGACUCCUGGCCAUCUCAGUGUCCUGCAUCACCUACAUGAGGGGGCUGUUCCCUGAGAGCUCUUAUGGAACUCGCUAUUUAGAUGACCUCUGUCUCAAAAUUCUCCGAGAAGAUAAAAGCUGUCUGGGAUCACUGCAGAUAGUCAAGUGGAUUCAAGGUUGUUUUCAUGCUUUGGACAGGCAGUAUUUACACGUUGCUGUCCUCGCAAUUUACACCAAUCCCAAGGAACCGGAGGCAGUGACUGAGCUGUAUCGCUUCAAAUUCAAGUACAAGAAGGAGGUGGCCCAGAUGGACAUCAGCAGCAACCAGAUGAACUCAGUGAAGGGGGUGUGUGGUGAGGAUGUGAAACAGGCAAGCAGGCUCCUGGUCCGGAGGCUCUACCUGCUGCUCCAAAACCUUGGGCCACUUCCCAAUGACGUUUCCCUGACCAUGAAACUCCUCUACUACAGUGAUGUAACUCCUGAAGAUUACCAGCCCCCAGGCUUUAAGGAAGAUGGCAGCCCUGGUGAUCUGUUUUUCAAUGGUGACCCUGUCAACCUGAGAGUAGGGUCAGUCUCCACUGGGUUCCACCUCAUGAGAGUCAGAGUGACCACUGAAAAGAAAAGAAUCAGGGCAGUCAAAAGCAACCUGAUCCAGGAGAGUGGCCCUACUGAGAUCUGCCAUCAAGGGUUAGACUGUGAGGAAGAGGAAGAGGAAAGGAGCACAAAGAAUCACCCUCUCCCUGUCAGAGCAGAUUCAAGUGAGUGUGGACAGGACAAAAGUGACAUCCAUCCAGACUGGAAAAUGGAAGAAUCUUCUUGUUCCCUUCAAGAUUCAGGUGGGAAGAAGAUAACAGGAAUAAAGGAGAUGGGUGGGGUGCCUUGCUCAAGAGCAUCUCAGCAGAUAAGCUGCCUGAACCUUGCCUUUAGCCAGGAAGAGGUAACAGGACCUAAGAAGAAAAGGAAGGUCAGUGAACCAGAGAAGCCACUUCUGGAAGGCAGGAAAUGA